GAGCCACAAUCGCGCAACGACAUUUCUUUGGAAAUUUCAUAGGGAUUUGAAAGACAAAACAAUCCCCUGCCGUGCUGUGUCUCUGGAACUUGUUCAGCGCACGGAAAACGAGGGCGAAGGAAUUUUUCGUGGAAAUUUACGGUAUAAAUUCAGUUAAUGGUUGUGUCGACGGAAAUUGAAGGAGAACACUGAAACAGAGAGAACAUGCCAGGUGACGACAAUGCAGUUGGAACGGAGACAAAUGAAGAUAAGCCAACUACAUCAAAUGCAGUCACCGCAGAAAAUCCGUCGAGAGGUGAUGAGUCGCAGCAACAGCAACAACAACCGCAGCAGCAACAGAAAAGGGGCGAAGAUGCUGAUAAAUACGCCGCUUCGGUAGCUGAAGUUGCACAUGGUGGUGGUGGACCAAAGAAAGAUGAUCAAGUACCCCCUGCUCCUGAUGCUUCCAUGCCUACUCCUCAACAGCAGCAACAACAACCAAAUUUACCUCCACCUCAACAACCAUAUGAGCAUCCAGCGCAGCAACACCCUCCACAGCAUCAUAGUGUACCUCCGAACAGUUUUGCACCACCACCGGGACAGCAUCAUCCGCAACAUCCCGGUAUGCCACCAAUGGAAUGGAGACCUCCAGGAGCAGAAUAUCAAAUGCCACCAGGUUAUCCAGCAGGAUAUCCUCCGUACGGAAUGCCUCCACGACAUCAUCCUGGUUAUCCACAUCCUGCAUAUGGAUACCCGCCGCCUGGUGCUCCAUAUGGAUAUCCUCCUCAAAUGAUGAGGCCACCAAUGAUGGCUCCAGGAGAUAUGGUCAGAAUGCCACCUGGUCCAACGCCAACGGAAUGGGCCGCUCAGCAACAAGCACAAGCAGCAUCGCGUAGUGUGCCACCAAAAGAAGGUCCGAACGGAAAUCCAGCUACACCUUCUUCAUCUUCUCAGCCGAUACCGUCUCCUUCGGCAUCCUCAAUUGCUGAAGAAUCAUUAGAUGAUAAGCCAAGUGGUACAAAAAUGCCUGCUCAGCCACCACCACAACAACAUCCACCACCACCACAGCCACAACAAAUUAUGUCACCGAUGCCUCCACAAGCUCCACCAUCGCAACAGGCAACACCUAGUUCGUCAGCAGCUUCUGUGGCUGCUCCCGAUACGCCAAAAGUGUCUGGAAAGGUUCUGAGCAAGGCGGAGCUGUUUGAGAAGCUUGUCGGACCGAUAACUCUUCACAAUCCGAUGAAAGUGAUGGCGGAGAGAAGGGGAUUUUUCGAGCGACUGAUAGAGUUCUGCGAGCAUAACGGAGAGCCCCUUACUAUGGUUCCACAAGUUUCAAAACAAAGUAUCGAUCUUCAUCGACUAUACAUUGGUGUCAGAGCGAAAGGAGGGUUUCAGCAAGUUACAAAAGACAAAUAUUGGAAGAAUUUGUGCACCGAAGCGAAUCCUGAUCUCGCUGAAUCGUCAGCCGCAGGAUAUCAGCUUAGAAAGCACUAUCAACGGCAUUUACUAAUGCUAGAAUGUCGAGAAACCGGGAGAAAUCCGGAGGAUGAGGUUGCUUUUGCGGAUAAAAUGAAACGACAAAGGAAACGAGAACCGGCCGGUGGAAACGCUGCAGCUGCAGCAGCAGUUGCCGCGGCUCAACAAGGAGAUCAGAAGUCGCAACAUGGAGCUCCGGGAGGUAGUGGAGCACCACCACCUGGACCACCAGGAGCUUAUCCAGGAAAUGGAGCACCAGGUGGACCACCAGGAGGGCCACCUCAGUUCCCUGGACAUCCUGGAAUGGAUCCGAAUUAUCACUAUUACCAGCAACAUGGUAUGAUGCCACCACAUCCUGGUCAUCCUGGAUACCCACCACAACAUAUGAAUGCUUUCUCCCCUGGUCAAUAUCCAGGACAUCAGAGGCCUCCAGGUGGACCUGGGGGUCCUCCACCGGGACCUCAAGCUAUGAGAGCACCAAUGCCACAGCAUAUGCAAGAAAUGGAUGAACAUCAAAGACAGUGGUAUGCUCAUCAACAAGCCGCUGCCGCACAUCAUCAUGCUCAGCAACAAGCUGCUGCUCAGGCUCAAGCUGCUCAAGCUCAACAAGCAUCUACUCCGGCUCCAUCAACGACACCAGCUCCUCAGGCAGCAUCUUCGUCGCAAGCUGCACCAACCAGUGGCGCCAAUACUCAACCAGCAACUCCAUCAGCUUCAAAUCAACCACCGACGCCUGCUUCUGCGUCAGCCUCAACAACAUUGCACGUCGAACCAGCAUCAGUCGCCGGAGGAAGUCAAGCAGGCAGUCGAGCUCCCAGUGCUGGCCCCGGACCGAGUGCAACACCGGAUAGUUCAACUAUUCCAAGUGCUUCUGCUGCUGCUGAUGCUCAAACAACGACAAGUAGUGAAACAUCAACACCUGGAGAACCAACUUCUAGUACUCCGUCCGAUACGCCUGCUCCGUCGACAAGUGUACCUCCACCAACUUCUGUGCAGCCACCUCAACCUCAACAGCCUCCACAAGGACCGCCAGGACCACCAGGACCUCAACAACAUCCAGGUCCUUAUCCAGGAUAUCCUGGAUAUGGGCCACCGGGUGCUAUGAGACCACCAGCAGGGUUUGCUCCACCCCCAGGAGCACCGUACGGGUAUCCGCCAGGAGCACCACCACCUGCUGGAUUCCAUCCGAGUCAUCCUCAACAUCCUCAACAUGCACAAUAUCUCGCAUGGCAACAACAACGGUAUCAUCAACAACAACAACAUCAGCAACAACAGCAGCAAGGAGCUCCUGGAGGACCACGACCACCAUAUCCAUAUCCAGGUGGACCAGUGCCACCAGGUCCCCCACAAAAUCGUAUGCCACCGCCGCCACCGGCUCAGGGAGCACCGUCUCCAUCUGGUGCUGCAGGAUCCAAUGGGAAGCAACCGAGAUAUGGAACUCCGGCUCCACCGUCUCGAGCAUCAGCGCCAACUCCGCAACCGCUCUCUUCUACAAUGCCCGUUGUUGCACCAUCUACAUCAACUCAGCCGACUCCCACGACAGGAAGUUAUCUUGCGAACACGUUGGCGACUCCAGGGCCAGCACAUGCACCAUCUUCAUCAAUGUCCCAUGCGCAUCACGUAAUCAGUCAGCAACAGCAUCAGUAUCCUCCAGGAUGCAUUGAAGCCACUGCAACAUCACAGAAUCAAGUGAAACGGCGGAAAGUUUACGCACGAGAACUGAUCAACGCGACACCACGACGAUUGAUUAUGUCACUUCGUUCGGGACUUGAUGCUGAAGCUAUUUGGGCGAUAAAUGCUUUAAAUGUGUUGCUCUAUGAUGAUACAAAUCCUCAUCCAACACUUCAACAAAUGCCAGGACUAGUUAAUGUUAUUGUUGAGCAUCUUUACGCAACACUUUCCAUUAUGUAUCCGGCCGAAUUUCAACUUACCGAACCUGGAAAACCGAUUAUUAUGGAUGAGUCGAAAGAGACUGUGGAAAAAAUGAUGAAAGCCGAAAAAGAUGGAGGAAUUAAAUCGAUUAUCGAGAAAAUGCCUGUGGUUCCAAGGAAAGGCAGUGAUAAAACUGCAACUUUCACUAUGAUGUCAAGAAAUGGUCUUCAAGUGCAUUUCCGUGAUGAAUCCAUUCCAACUGCUCUUCGAAAACGAUUUUCUCGAGAAAGCGGUGAGAAGAACUCUGAUGCGAUGGUUGAUCAUUCGAUCAGUUCCGCUUAUGUAGAAGAUCGAAAUUCUGUUGGAUUAGGAGGUGGACUCGCUGAACGAAUUGCUACACGUCUUCGAGACAAACUUCUUCACGAAAAGACUCGUCCACGACCUGUCUUCUCCAAAUAUUUGGAUGAUCUCGAAACAGAAUCAACAGAAACGAUUGAUACUGUGGAGGUGAAGAAAGAAAUUGAAGAUGAGGUAGCUGAGGAGAAAAAGGAUGUUCUUCUGAUGCGUGGAGCUCGUCCAGACGAGUUAUCUGAUUGUAAGCAUGAGGUUGAGCUCGCGUGGCCCAGGCCCACUGCACUAUCACCUAAAAGUCAAGCAAUGGAAGAACUUGCUCAUAGAGCACUUGCUCUGUCGAAUAUUCUACGAGGUUUCUCGUUUGUUGCUGGAAGUGAUGUUCUGAUGGCUAGAAAUGAGGCCCUGUUGUUUAUUAUUGGACGGCUUUUAAAGCUAAAUGUCAAGGAGCACAAGAUUUCAUCAAAGCGACCUGGAAUAGUUAUGAGUGCUGAAGAAUUGAAAACUGCACCAAAACAACUGUCAGCAGAUGAAAAACGCGCCAAGGAGAAGUCUGUACUCGAUGAAGUCGAUGCAACGACUGCUCAGAUGGUGGAAACGGCGAAUCAAUUGAGAGAUGAUGCAUUCGUGAUGCUUACUCAUAUGAGUGUCUCGUUGAAUCUUGUUGAUUUGCCUGAUGCGAUUGCAUACCCGAUUUAUGAUGGAUUACUGAGAUGGUCCGUGUCAAGAGUUCCCGAAGCGACAGACUCGUCGAUUCCAUGUCCGGUGUCGCCGAGAGAUUACUCGUUGGAAAUUAUGUGCAAAAUGGUUGUGAUUGAACGAAAUGUCGACAUGUUCCUCUCCACGGGAAGCUGGUCACGUGUCGAACAAUUUGUGCAUAUACUGACGAGAUUGCUCACAAUGAAUGAGGAAACUCAUUAUAGAGAAUUCGCAAUUGUGAUACUGAAUGCUCUUUGCAUCGCUUCUGAAGCUGUAUGUUACAUAUGUGCAAUGGAAACUUCUGCCAUAGCCCAUCUCAUUCUAUUCAUCGAUUCAGCCGAUCAGAAUAUGCAUCAAGUAAUGCAAGCUCAUGGAAUGGCUGCCCUUCGUGACAAUCCAGAACUCAUGGGAACAUCUGUUGGAAUGCUCCGAAGAGCGGCUUCGAUGCUCCGUUUGUUGGUGAAAGUGCCGAAGGCGUACAAGAUUUACAUGAAACAUCAAACUCGCCUUCUACAAUUCACAAUGAGCCAAUUGAUGGAUUCCCGAGUGGCUGGAAUGAUUGCCGACACACUUUACGAAAUUCAAGAAUUUGUCAAAGAGUUUGGCGAAGACGUUCCAGAACCACUGAAAAUCACAUAUUCUGAAGGAUAUCAACCGAGCCAGACGGACGACAAGGAAUCGACAUCUACAAACUCGGAUGCUGCAGCACCACCACAAAAAUCGACGAGUUCUUCGCCCAAGCCAGUCGAAGAAUCAGCAGCGACAACUUCGGUAAAUGUUCACGGGAAUGGUACAUUGGAAUGCGAAACAAGUAGUAGACCAUUGUCGUCAGAAGCUGCAGCGGCCGUCAUUACUCCAUAUGAAAAUCAUCAUAAAAAUGAAGAAGAAGAGGAUUUGAAAAAGGAAAUUGACGAAGGGGAAUCGUGUGAUGGAUAUGAUACAGAAGCUAUUCGAUUAUCGCAAAAACGGUCUGCUGCUGCACUUAUUGAUGAGCAAUCCCGUUCUCCGCCACCAGCGAAAAGAGCCCAUCUUUCCAACGGAUUCGAUAAAUCAAAAUCUUCAGUUUCAACGAACGGAACACUGGGUGAUGCUUCUCAAAAUGAUGGUGCUCUGACGACAGCCGUUGCAUGAUCGUAGUUCCUUUUUUAUAUCAUUUCUAAUCAUACCUCUCGCCUUGUUGCUCCAUCCAUCUCCAUAUUUCGAUCUAACUCCAACACUUUUGUGAUCUUUUUCAUUUCAUUUUAAUUUUUAUCAAGAAGCAAGUGAGCCCAUUCUGCUUUAGAAAACUCGUGAGCUCAUUUGCCUCUUAUCCAGUGUUUUGUUCCAUUUUAAAUCCUAUGACCUAUCUCAAUUGUUUUUUUUUCUGUGUGAUAAUGCGGGUCAGUUCUUGUUUUCAGUGAAAUGCGUGUAUAUUCAACGAAAUGGAAGUCGUUUUUGUGUCGAUUUUUCCUUAAAAUUUUAUCCAAUUUUGGAGGCGAUGUAAUUAUUUUUGUUUUGCCUAUCAUCUCUCCCCCAAAAUGUUUUAUCUUCCCCAUCAUCAUCAUCAUCUGUUUCAAAGAAAUUUAUGUGAAAUGUCGCCCAUCUGAACCAUUAAUUUAUUUAUUUUCGUUCUUCCCCUCCCCCAAAUCAACAACCUCAAAAUGUUCUCUUCCCGUGAUUUGAAGAUCCAUCAAAUAUAUGUAUAACACAAACUUUUUGAAAACCACCUCUAUGUUAUCCACAAACGUUUCUUUUUCUUUAAAUUUCCACUCCUCAUUCUACAAAAAAAUCAUUAAAAUUUCGGUUAUUGAUUGACUUUUAUGCUCCUUAUUGAUCCACACCCCCCUUCACUGAACCCUUUUAUGUUUGGUUAUCAUCACGAUAUAUACAUUUUAUUUCUCAUUCGAGAAGAAUGAAUGAAUCUCAUUCGGUACUAUUUAUCACUUGUUGUUUUAUGAAUCGAUUUUAAGAACUUCAGAGCGCUACGAAACGUUUAUAAGAGAAAGUUUGGAAAAAUGC